CUUCACGACCGUUCAACACCAACUCACGUAAACGAUAGAUACGGGGAGAGGAGGAAAUUCUAUUUCGACGGAUUACUUCAAUUCUCGUGAAUUGACUGCAUGACCUUUGAAUCAACCACCAGGGGUACACUAUUUUUUGGAAUUUGGCGCCUUUAUACCUGAUUUUUCGUGACGGCGAAUCCUAACGCGUCUGGCUCUCGUACCGGUCCGGACCCCACCAUAUUUUCAAACGCCUCAUUCGGUUAAGCCUAAUCGUCACAUAUAACCCUACUCACUAGGUUAUAUGAGUAUGGAGAGUUUUCUCCGCGAGUGGCGGCAAGAUGCCUUGAAUAAGGCACAAUACGAGUCUGCUAUUUUUAUUGGGGAUAAGCUUCUGGCAUUAACCAAUGAUGACAACGAUGCCUUUUGGCUCGCACAGGUUCAUUUCGCCACUGGGAACUAUACCAGAGCGCAGACUUUCUUAUCUAAGCAGGAUCUCAUUAACCGGAAUCCAUCCUGUCGAUACUUAGCAGCUCACUGCUUUAUUAAGCAGUCCCGAUUUGAAGAGGCGCUUGCUGUGCUUGGUGAACGGAAUCCCACGCACUUGAUUUCAAACCCAGCAACUAAGCGCAAAACCCAGCAUACGAGUGGGCGUACUACUGCCUCGCACCAUGGCAGAGGCGCAGCUAAGGCACAUGACCGAAGAGAUGCAGUUUCGGAGGAAGAAGCGGCUAACAGACGCUUCGAAGCCGCCAUGUGCUUUCUAAGGGGAAUAUGCUAUGCGAAGCAGAAUGCAUUCGACCGGGCAAAAGAGUGCUAUAAAGAUGCCGUGCGCAUCGACGUCCAGUGUUUCGAAGCUUUCCAACAGCUAAUGAAGAAUUCACUUAUGUCACCAGACGAAGAGUGGCAAUUCUUAGAAUCCUUAGAUUUCGAUGCCAUCUCCGUCACCGCGGACCCGUCUUCCUCACAGGAGGCUGCCGAAUUUACCAGGAUGCUUUACACGACUAGGCUUUCUAAGUAUCGGAACCCGGCAGCCUUUACAACUGCUAGUGAGACUCUAUCUACACAUUAUAACCUGGCCUCAAACCCGGAUCUGCUACUUGCUCGAGCGGAUUUAUUAUACACGCAAUGCAAAUAUAAGGACGCGUUAGCUAUUACCGACUCUGUCCUGCAAGAAGACAAGUACAACUUCAGUAUAUAUCCUCUACACUUAGCUUGCUUGUACGAACUCAAGAUGAAGAACGUGCUCUUCUUGAUCUCGCACGACCUCGCCGACUCACAUCCGGAAGAACCUUGUACGUGGCUCGCUGUAGGCAUCUACUAUUUUUCUAUCGACAAAAUUGCAGAGGCCAGACGCUACUUUAGCAAAGCCAGUAUGAUGGAUCCGCACUUCGGACCGGCGUGGAUCGGGUUCGCACAUACUUUCGCGGCUGAGGGCGAACAUGACCAAGCCAUAUCGGCAUACUCGACGGCGGCGCGGUUGUUCAUGGGCACACACCUACCUCAGGUAUUCCUCGGAAUGCAGAACCACGCGCUUAACAACAUGACGCUAGCCGAUGAGUUCCUCAAAACGGCAUAUGGCCUUUGUAAGACGGACCCGUUACUGCUCAACGAGAUGGGCAUCGUUUACUAUCACCAAGACCGUCCCCAGGAUGCCGCCACUCUGUUUUUGAAGGCCCUCGACGUCGCCGAAGAGAUCGAUUCAGAACCCAAUGCCUGGAUCUCAGCCCGCACAAACCUGGCGCACGCCUACCGCCGUGCUAAGCGGUACGAUGAUGCACUCGAACAGUUCGACGAAGUCCUCAGACAGGGCGGUAAGGAUGCAGGUAUAUUUGCAGCUAAGGGCUUAAUAUACAUGGAGGAAGGGAAAUUCGACAUAGCUGUCGAGGUAUUGCAUAAAGCGCUGGCUAUAAACCCCCAGGAUCCCAUCGCAACGGAAUUGUUGAAUAAGGCGCUAGAUGAGAUGGCCGGUUUCUUGCCUUGAUCUUAUGAUAGAGGUAUGAUGUGGCGGGCUUGUCCCCAACUGUUUUAUGAGUAAUGAAAGGGAUGAUUAGUGCCUAUUCUAUAUGCAGGCUAGAGAGAUAUCUCAAAAAAGGGAAUCAUGAAUGUUACCACGUCUCGUGCCUCUGAA